CUCCUGAUUGGCUGGUCUCUGAGCCGCCUCCCUCACGCACCGCCCCUGGGUUCCCUCCCAGGUCCGCAACGAAGCGCUGCUUUUUCCCUUCUUGACCCCUAGCCCUUUCUUUCCUCUUUCCCUCCCUCCUGCCACCGUCGCUUCUGGCACCGCUGCUCCCGGAGGAGCUCCUGGCACGGUAAUGGGGUCUCGGGCCUCCACGUUACUGCGGGACGAAGAGCUCGAGGAGAUCAAGAAGGAGACAGGCUUUUCUCACAGUCAGAUCACUCGCCUCUACAGCCGAUUCACCAGCCUGGACAAAGGAGAAAAUGGAACUCUCAGCCGGGAAGACUUCCAGAGAAUUCCAGAGCUUGCCAUCAACCCACUGGGGGACCGGAUCAUUAAUGCCUUCUUUCCAGAGGGAGAGGACCAGGUAAAUUUCCGUGGAUUCAUGAGAACUUUGGCUCAUUUCCGACCCAUUGAGGAUAAUGAAAAGAGCAAAGAUGUGAACGGACCAGAACCACUCAACAGCAGAAGCAACAAACUACACUUUGCCUUCCGGCUGUAUGAUUUGGAUAAAGAUGACAAGAUCUCCCGUGACGAACUGUUACAGGUGCUACGCAUGAUGGUUGGCGUGAAUAUCUCAGAUGAGCAGCUAGGCAGCAUUGCAGACAGGACCAUCCAGGAGGCUGACCAGGAUGGGGACAGUGCCAUAUCCUUCACAGAGUUUGUUAAGGUUUUGGAGAAGGUGGAUGUAGAACAGAAAAUGAGCAUCCGGUUUCUUCACUAAAGAACACAGACCAAACCAUUCCUUAAGUAUUUAAGAACUGGAACUUCAAUAGUCCUCCUGUCCACCUGCCCCACCUUCACCCCAUCGUGCCCUUUCUCCUGAAGUACCACUGCUGUUGCAUGAUGACCCCACACGUCUGCCCAUCCAGACUCUCCUUGUGUAUAAACCUGCCUUACCAAAGGGUACUUCCAGUAUCUUUCUGCUCAGUAGCUAUGUCUCUUUCCCUCUUCUGCUACGAAGCACCUCAUGUCCAUUCAGUCCGAGGAGGUGAAGAGUCAAUUCCGGAGUGGGCCUGCAAAGCUUUUGCUGGGUGGAGGUGUAGCCAUGCUGCCUUCCCUGCAGCAAGGUUCUGGCAUUUUCCUGUGACCUUGUAUGCAUCCUUGGCUUUUCAUUGCCUGUCACCUAGCCUGCUUAUAGCCUCCUGGCUUUUUACUGAGCCUCACAAUUCCCCCUGUUCUACCUGGCAGCCUACACUAUUUCUGUUAAAUCUCUUUCUGACUUGGCAGGACGGUUCAGUGGUCUGGUGGCUUUUAUCUAUCUUCCCUCUUAAAUGGGUCUCUGGGACGCUGCCUUUCUAGGAGCUUUCAGGAACCAACACUUCUCUUGGAAGAAUGUGAUUGUUCAUCAAAGGGCUUCUGGGUAGAAAUGUCCUUGAAAGGUCACUUUGGUGGCUUGCCCAGGUCGCUCUACCUCUGGCUUUUGAUUUUCAGCUUCUCUUGAGAGUGCUGUGCUAUAAGUACUCAGAAAAUAGUCAUAGUCUGCAGAUCUGCUUAGCUUUGGGUCACUGUCUUCACCAGAAUGAUGCAGAUAGUUGCUGGGACUUCUUCAUGGCUCUUUGAGCAAGGAAACCAGGAGCCCCUGCACCUCCUGCACCCACACCACAGCAAGGCAUGUGCCUCAGUGUGACGACACCAGAAGGUUUCUGCCUUUGCAUUUCCAAGUAGAGCGACUAGUGUCACAGAAGUGCCUAACUUACUUCAGUCCAAGAGAAUUAAAGAUUAGCUUCAGUGUCCUGAAUUUCUGCACAGAAUUCUUUAUGAGUUUUCCAUUUGGCAGUUACUAAUGCAGAAGCCAUAGUCAGCUCCUGCUACAGCCCAAAGCAUUGAAUGUAUUGUCUUAGCUGCCUGGCUUCAUGACCUCCCUAGCUCCUUUCUGGAGUACUGCUAUCUAUUUGGGAACAAGGGGUUUGGCACUAGUGGCAGUGAGGUCACUCAGUGAGCCAGAGCACCUUCCCUGCCAAAGCCAGCUUAGACCCCAUUGCAUCGGGCUGUUGCUGUCUUCUGUCUUGUGAGUCCCUUUGUCCAUGUAUCUGUCCUGGGCUGUCUUUCUGUGGUGUGGCUGGCUGCUUACUUGCUUGUUCUCUUGUUCUCCAAGAUGUGCAGACAGUUCUUUAGGAAAAAAAACUGCUAAAAAAAUAACAGUGCAAAGGGCUGGACAAAGGUGAGGAACAGGAACGGCCAGGUUGGAUGGCAUUAGUGUAAAUGCAUGAGAAAUUCUUCAUGAGGUAUCAAUCUGGCUUCAUGAUCAAAGUGAAGUAAUAGAAGAAUUAUAGAAAAGGGAAGAACUGUCUGAUAGUGACCUGUUAAGAGAGGAGUCAAGAGCUCCUUACUUUGCAUAUUUAAAGUUUCUAAGAUUACGGCUUUUUCCCCUUUUGGCUAUAGAGCAAACUGUUUUAAUCCACAGUUGUGCCUUACUGUCCCAUUAAAUUGUAUUGUUCAAUCUGUCAAUAAAUACAGUUAAAACACAA